AUGCCGCGAGAGGACAAGUCCAGCAACAAAUCGCAAAACAUUAGUUUGCUAAGAAACGAGCUCAUCAAUAACGGGCUUAUGGAAUACGUCUCUAUUCCCUGGGAGAACUACAGCAAGGGUCAGAGACCGUCCCUCGACAUUUGGACCGUAAACCUAGCACUAUGGUUCAUGCACGUCCUAGCGGGAAAUAAUUUCGAAGUUGAGUGGAGCUAUGUUGAUCUGACGGCUGAGACUUUGGUGGCACCUCAGCUGGUUGACGCUGAUGGUCAGUCAAAAGCUUCUGGCACGGUGCACUCUAAUGAUGGACAGCAUGGAGAAGGCGAAGACGAUAAUGGAUCAACUACUUCAGAAGAGUCGGAAGUGACUGAAAUUUUGAACUCGUCUACUACGAAGCGAAAGCGGGACUCGGAUGAUGACAGUGACUUUGAGGGCAUUCAUCUUUCAUUUAGCAAGCGUCAAUUCGUGUAG